CCACUUUCAUAAUAGCAAGCAGCUCAUCAACCUAGGUUAGCUACUUCUUGUUGCAUUGAAUCAUCCAUCAUCAAAUCAUUGGGAUAUAUAUUCCACGAUGGCCAAGGUAAUCACACUAAUCCUUGUCGUUAUUACAGUGUCAACCAUGCUAGCCUCACCUGUGGAAUGCACCAAGAUUCCUGGUGCCUUUCCUAUUGGAAUGUCUCCAUACAACUUUACGACAAUGAUAGAUAUCUUCAAAGUGGCCAUGUUAGUGCCAACGGAGGAUUGCACCUCCAAUGUUGAGAUGUGCAUAAGUGAGACAUGCUCCUACAUCAGAAAAGCCCUCGAUGGUGUUGUUGAUGCUGCCCCACCAGCAAAACAGGCGGAAACUAAGGAGGCCACGGCCAAGAUGGCUGGGAUUGCUGCUACUAUGCUCGACACAGCCAUGGCUUCAGGAGAAAAGAGACAAGUUGCCGCAGUUUCCAUUGCCUUCAUGCUUGCUGCUGAUGCGAUUGACGCAUCCGCACCUGCUGACAAGUUUAGAGUAAUGGAUGAAACAUUCAAAGCAGCCGCUUCUCCUAUCGCUUGAGCAAGCAACACCUCGUCUUAUCCAUCCAUCAAUAAAAUUAGCAUAUGCUACCACAACCACCACCAGAUGUACUGAGUGGCAUCACGAUACUUCAUGUAAUAGCCGGGUUUUUCCCUAUAGUCUUAGUCAUGCUAAUGACUUGGUCACACUGGCUCGAAGCGGCGUUGAUCGAGCCAUAUGGCUAGAUAAGACCUACUGAUAUGUUGAAUUUUCUCUUUUGCUUUGUAUAGCAAUUUAUGAAUGGAAUAUUUAAUGGCCAAUAUUAAGUCA